UUAAAAAUGCCUUCAACAUCUAAAAAUAAUUCUAAAGAGCCUUUGAUGCGUAUUUAUUCAACUCCUAAACUUAAAAAACGAAUGAAACCUCGACGUCUGACGAUGCCGGCUAAUUUGCGCAAUCCUCAGAAAAAUGUUGAUGAAAUUGUUAAGCGUUAUAGUAUGCAAUUGGAAGCAAAAGCUGAUGAAAAGCUUAGUGAGGAGUGUUUGGCAGAGAUAAAUACUUUGGAGAAGAGUUUUCAAGAACUUGAUAGUUUUGAAUUGCAAGUUGAACCAGUCAAAAGUCCUCCAAAUGGAGAUGUUGAGAUGAAAGGGGGAAAUAAUGAAGAUGAUAAGAAGGAUAAAGAGAAAUCGAAAAAUAUUGGAAACAAGAAAGGGAAAAAGGCUAAAUUUACUAAGAAAAACACUAAACUUGAAAAAGAAGAUAAGCCAACGCAUCGACGUAGUAUUCGUCAUUUGUCUUCUUAA